ACGCCACCCUCCCCCCGGAGGCCCAGCCCACCCCGGCGGCCGGCCGGGCACCUCGGGGAGCUGGAGAGCGGGGCUGCCCCGUCCGUGAGAGGCAGAUGUCCCUUUAAGGUCUGCCUGGCGGCCCGCGGACUUUAGCCUCGCCGCGGCCCUGCGCAGCUGCCUUUAUUUGUCCAUGUCCCGGGCGCAGCCUGGGAGGCCGCCAGUGGGAUCCCAGAGACGCGGGGCGCGCGGGGCGGGCGAUGUGGCAGCCCCGCCGGGUGUGAGCGGCCUGCGGCGGCCCGACAGACGGGGGACGGCCGCACCGGAGGGCGCUGCCGGGCUGCCGGGCGCCCCGUCCCACCGCGCCGGCCGCAGCAGGGACCCGGCGCAGAGCGCACGACCGGCCCGCGCGUCCCCGCCGACCAUGGCCCCCCGACGGCCGGGACUCGCCGCCGCCUGCUGCUGGCUCUUCCCGGUCUUUUUAGGCUCCUGUGUAUCAUUCAAUGUUGAUGUGAAGAACUCAAUGAAUUUCAGUGGCCCAGUAGAGGACAUGUUUGGAUAUACUGUCCAACAAUAUGAAAAUGAAGAAGGAAAAUGGGUGCUGAUUGGUUCUCCGUUAGUUGGUCAACCCUGGAAUAGAACUGGAGAUGUCUACAAGUGUCCAGUCGGCAGAGGUUCAUUGCCAUGUGUGAAGUUGGACCUACCAGUUAACACAUCAAUACCCAAUGUCACAGAAGUAAAGGAGAACAUGACUUUUGGAUCAACUUUAGUCACUAACCCAAAAGGAGGGUUUCUGGCGUGUGGACCCUUAUAUGCCUAUAGAUGUGGCCAUUUGCAUUACACAACUGGAAUCUGUUCUGACGUCAGCCCCACCUUUCAAGUCAUCAGCUCCAUUGCGCCAGUACUAGAAUGUAGCACUCAACUGGACAUAGUCAUAGUGCUGGAUGGCUCCAACAGUAUUUACCCUUGGCAAAGUGUCACAGCUUUCCUCAGUGACCUUCUUAGAAGAAUGGACAUUGGCCCUAAACAGACACAGGUUGGAAUUGUACAGUAUGGAGCAAAUGUAACCCAUGAGUUCAACCUCAACAAGUAUUCAUCGACAGAAGACGUACUGAUGGCAGCAAAAAAAAUAGGUCAGAGAGGUGGGAUCCGGACUAUGACAGCCCUUGGAAUAGACACAGCAAGGAAGGAGGCUUUCACUGAAGCCCGGGGUGCAAGAAGAGGGGUAAAGAAAGUCAUGGUAAUUGUGACUGAUGGGGAGUCUCAUGACAACCACAUGCUGAAGAGGGUCAUACAGGACUGUGAGGACGAUGGGAUUCAGCGGUUUGCUAUAGCCAAAAUAAUGUUUUUACAAAGCUACCAGGUCCUUGGGUGGAGAAUCAAAACACAUUUUUCUGCUACCUUCAUGUUUUAUUCUGUGAUGCAAAAUAGUUCAGAACUCUAUGCAAGUCAAAAUUCAUGCUUGAAAAACCUGCUGAAACAAGAGGAAUCCAGCAAGGUAUCACAGGAAGAGUAUCAGGUAGAGAGCCAAGCAGUUGUUCCCAUGUGGCUUCAAACUGACAUUGGGGUUAUAAUGAAGGUGCUGGAACUUCUUGGAGACUACUGGCUUACUCCAGGGCUAAAUAUGAAAUCAAUUGCAAGUAAACCCAUUGAAAAACACUUCUUCAAUGUCUCCGAUGAAUUGGCUCUAGUCACGAUCGUGGAAGCUCUGGGAGAAAGGAUAUUUGCCCUGGAAGCUACAGCUGACCAGUCAGCAGCUUCCUUUGAAAUGGAAAUGUCUCAGACUGGCUUCAGUGCUCACUAUUCACAGGACUGGGUCAUGCUUGGAGCAGUUGGAGCCUAUGAUUGGAAUGGAACGGUCGUCAUGCAGAAAGCUAGUCAAACCAUAAUCCCCCGAAACACAACCUUUAAUGUUGAGUCUACCAAAAAGAACGAACCUCUUGCUUCUUAUUUAGGUUACACAGUGAACUCUGCCACUGUGUCUGGGAACGUGCUCUACAUUGCCGGGCAGCCAAGAUACAACCAUACAGGUCAGGUCGUCAUUUACAGGAUGGAAGGCAGAGAUAUCAAAAUUCUUCAGACACUCAGCGGAGAACAGAUUGGUUCCUAUUUUGGCAGUGUUUUAACAACAGUGGACAUUGAUAAAGAUUCCAAUACUGACAUCCUCCUGGUGGGCGCCCCCAUGUACAUGGGGACAGAGAAAGAGGAACAAGGGAAGGUGUAUGUGUACACUCUGAAUCAGACACAGUUUGAAUAUCAGAUGAGCCUGGAACCCAUCAAGCAGACUUGCUGUUCAUCACUGAAGCACAACACAUGCGCGAAGGAAAACCAAAAUGAGCCAUGCGGGGCUCGUUUUGGAACCGCGAUCGCUGCAGUGAAAGACCUUAAUCUCGAUGGACAUAACGACAUUGUGAUAGGAGCGCCGCUGGAAAAUGAUCAUGGCGGAGCUGUGUACAUUUACCAUGGACAUGGCAAGACUAUAAAGAAAGAGUAUGCACAACGUAUUCUGGGUGGAGAUGGCAAGACAUUGAAAUUUUUUGGCCAGUCCAUUCACGGAGAAAUGGAUUUAAACGGGGACGGUCUGAUUGAUGUGACAAUUGGCGGUCUUGGUGGUGCUGCCCUCUUCUGGUCCCGAGAUGUGGCUGUAGUUAAAGUGACCAUGAAUUUUGAACCCAACAAAGUGAAUAUUCAAAAGAAAAACUGUCGCAUGGAGGGAAAAGAAACAGUAUGCAUCAGUGCCACUGUGUGUUUUGAUGUGAAAUUAAAGUCCAAAGAAGACAGUCUAUACAAAGCCGAUAUGCAAUACCGCCUCACACUGGAUUCACAAAGACAAAUUUCAAGAAGCUUUUUCUCAGGAACUCAGGAGAGAAAGAUUCAAAGAAACAUCAUAGUUGAGAAAUCAGAAUGUGUUAAACAUUCCUUCUACAUGUUGGACAAGCAUGAUUUUCGGGACUCUGUGAGAAUUACUUUGGACUUUAAUCUUACUGAUCCAGAGAACGGACCUGUUUUGGAUGAUGCACUGCCAAAUAAAGUUCAUGAAUAUAUUCCAUUUGCCAAAGAUUGUGGAAACAAGGAAAAAUGUAUCUCAGACCUUGCUCUGGAAGUGACCACAACAGAGAAGGACAAGCUUUUGGUCAAAUCUCACAAUGACAAGUUCAAUGUCAGCCUCACAGUAAAAAAUAAAAAGGACAGUGCAUACAACACCAGAACCAUUGUGAACUACUCUUCAAAUCUGAUUUUUUCAGGGAUUGAGGGUAUUCAGAAAGACAGCUGUGAAUCCAAUCAUAAUAUCACAUGUAAAGUUGGAUAUCCUUUUCUGAAAACAGGAGAAAUGAUAACUUUCAAAAUAUUAUUUCAGUUCAACGCAUCUUAUCUCAUGGAAAAUGUGGUCGUUAAAAUAACUGCUACAAGUGACAGCGAUGAACCUCCUGAAACCCUUACUGAUAAUGAAGUAAAGAUUACUAUACCAGUGAGAUAUGAAGCUGGGCUACAGUUUUACAGCUCUGCAAGUGAACUCCAUAUUUCAGUUUCUACCAAUGAGACAAUACCUGAAACUAUUAACUCUACUGAGGACAUUGGAAAUGAAAUUAAUGUCUUCUAUUUGAUUAGGAAAAGUGGACAUUUUCCAGUGCCAGAACUGAAGCUGUCAAUCUCGUUUCCAAACCUGACGUCAGAUGGUUAUCCUGUUCUAUACCCGAGUGGAUGGUCCUCUUCUGAUAAUGCACACUGCAGACCAAGUAACCUUCAGGACCCUUACGAUUUCAAAUCUGGGAAGACAAUGACUAUAUCAAAGUCUAAAGAUGUCAAACGAGGCGUGAUUGUGGACUGUAAUAAAUGUAAACUUGCUACCAUCACUUGUGAUCUGAUUCCUUCUGAUAUGAGCCAAGUGAAUGUUUCACUUACCUUAUGGAAACUGACUUUUGUAAAAGCAUAUUUUUCCAGCUUAAAUCUUACUAUAAGGGCAGAACUUCAGAGUAAAAAUUCAUCACUGGUUUUAAAUACUGGAAGUCAAAUAAGAGAGCUUGCUAUUCAAAUUUCGAAAGAUGGGCUGCAGGGCAGAGUGCCCCUCUGGGUGAUUCUGUUGAGUGCUUUUGCUGGACUAUUGCUGUUAAUGUUGCUUAUAUUAGCACUGUGGAAGAUUGGAUUCUUCAAAAGACCAUUAAAAAAGAAAAUGGAGAAAUGAAAUAAUUUGCAAGGGAAAAAUAACAAUCAUUCAAUAAUCUAUCCUCAGGUUUGCCUCAAAUAUGUGACGAAAAGUGUACAAAUAUAAUUCAUGACAUAGUCACAUAGGUCUAUGCAAUCCAGCAGGGAUUAACUACUUGGAAAAUUACUGACUGAUCAAGCAAGAUGCAAAAAUAAUGCCAUAAAUAUAUAUUUUAUAAAAUGAUGAAAAUGAUUUAAAUAAUUACUCACUUUUGUUGAGUAAGCAAAAUUACAAAGUAUUUUAAAUAUAAAAAGCCUAUAAAAUAUGUCUAUUGUUAAAUCACCAUCUAAGUAUUUAAGAAAUUCAUAAUCUAUUUUAUGGUUAUCAAAGCAUUUACUUUCAAAAUGAUAUGUUAAGUUUUUUUCUGUUUUGAUUCCUGAUGGAUAUCCAUAGUUAACAUAAAAGUCAACAUUUAUAAAUGCCAAUAAAAAAAAAAUCACUUCUCCCAAUUCAAAUGAGAAAAAAAAGUUCUUGAUAGAGUUUAUAUUCAAUGUGGACUGAAAGUAUCAUUAAAUAACAUUCAGAAUCUUUGUCUUGGGUUUUGUACUUGGAAAAUCUCUCUUUCCAAGGUGUUUGGAAAAUGGGCCAAAAUUGAGGUGACAUUCUAUUUCAGAUUGAAAAUCAAGAUAGACUUCUGAGUGCAAUGGAAAGAUUAAUUUAGACUGUUACAGAGUGUGUUUAGUUUUGGUAGGGGCUUCAAGGCUCCAAAUGCUUUUGUAUUGAAGACAUAGUCGUUUUGUGUGGCAUAACAGUGGUUUGUGGUAAGGGAGUUUGUUAAAGUGGCUUCUGACUGGAAUGUAGCAGUAUAAGUGUCACUGACAAGCUGGGAACAUCUUUUCUGAAGAGACCUGGAACAUUAGGAGGCCCCAGGAUAUGUCACUCAAAGGCGGUUUCUCAACUCCUUGGUACGUGAGUUAUUCAGAUCUUCAAGCUGUGAGAGUAUGUUUAUUUGUACUUUUUAAAAAGUAUUUAACUUUCCAAACACAGUUUUUAUUUUUAUAAAAUGACAGUAUUCCAUUAUAGUAUUGCAUUUAUUAUGGAGUUACUACAUCUUGAGUGUGGCAUGUCAGUAUUUAAAUCAAAUUCCAGAAUUGUAUUUUAAGGAUAUCCAGGUUUGAAGCCUUGCACCAACAAAAGGAUGUCACAUCUUUACGUGUGCCUCGUAGUUCCUGAAAUAAUCAUUAUGGUGCCCAGAACUCUACUGUAGCAUUAACUCCUAGGUUGCUCCACUUCUUAGGAAAAUAACGAUGAAUGAAUGUGUCGUAGCUGCGUGUGUGAACUACAGCUGUAAACUUUGCCGAUAGUUCCACAACAACUGUUUCUCUCCACUUGAUUUCCUGACCAUCACAAGACCAAAACCUUGGAAUUUUCUGGAAAGUCCCAAGCUCUGAUUUGUCUCAAUAAACAAAGAAUCAUUGGAGAAACCAAAUACCAUGGAGUUAAAUUUGGAAAUUAAUUCCUGAGAAAUUAUCAGAAGACUCACUUGGCUUACCUCCUGACUUUCCACACCUGUCUUUAAGUCUUGGUGACCAUCAGUCAGUCACCAAAUACUACUGAGUCUCUGCAAAGACUUGGCCUCUCUGAGGUCACCAGUAGAAGACAGAUCAAAUCUUUCAAGCAAUUCCAUAAUCCUUUGGGUGACUUGUCAUUGCUUGGAAAUGUCUGAUGUCUUUUCCUUUAUUCUCACUGUCUCCCUCCAAAACUCAGAAGUUAUUCUUCCCACGUGUAUUUUCUCUGCCCAACAAUACACAGGUAUCUCCUACAGUUGCCACGUUGCGUAACUAGAACACCCUGCUGCUUCAACUGCUUUCCUCCAACACCAACUCAAUCUCAGAAGCAAGUCUGACAAAUAAAGUUAAAUUCACACUUGGCCUCCAUGACUAUUAGUGAAAGCAUUUGCCAGAUCAGGAAUGUGCAAGUUCAAACAAAAUAUAUUUGUUUGAACCCACAGGGGAAACAUAGAGAUAAUGGCCCUUGGAGAAGAGAUGAAGAGAUGCUUGGCUAUUCCAAUCGCUACUUGUAAAUCUGCCACAAUGUUAAACAUAAAUCAUUCCAAGUUUUGAAGUAGAUUAUUUAACAAACCAGAUGUGCUAGUUCCCUACUGUUACAGUUUGUUGAAAUUUCCAUGUUUGAAUGUAUACAGGUGUACAUAAGCACAUAUGCACACAGAGACACAAAUAGAAUACAAGAUAGCGCACUAACAGCAAAUAACAGUUUACAAAAAAGCAACCACUCAAAGCUGCAAUAGUAAAGUUUGAUUCCUUUGCUUUUUACAUGUUUUGUUUUUAUUGAUAUUUAAGUUUAGCUUACAGCUUAAUAAUCAUCUAAAAAUACAGAGGCUUUCAUUAAAAAUGUAAGUCAAUAAAUGUUUAAAGGACAAAUAAGGACAACUGAUGAUUAAGAAGUAUGCACAAUUCUAUCACUUUAAGACACAAGACGUGAAUGAUACGUAGGGCUAAACUGAACUGCUACAAACUUUACGUUUGGUAUUUUUUAAUGGAUUAAUGUUUAUGAUAGGAGCUGUGUAUAUAUGAAAUUACUUUCUUAGCCAAACCUACAAAGAUAUAUUGGUAAAUUGUUUAACAACUGGUUCUCCUGGAAAAAAAAAAAAUCAACCCCUGGUUUCUAUCAUUUGCCACUGUCUAUGUUCUGAAUAGUCUAACCAGUGUAACCUAAUAAACUCGCAAAAUUCCUUACAAAUGUACAAAUGUAUCGGUCAUCUUCCAUCAACCAGUAUGAUCUGGACUUAGCAUGUCUCUGAGAUAGAUGAGAUGAUAGUGAUUCAGGGGGGCCAGGGGGUGGAGUAUAAUAUAUAUGUGUAUAUACACAAUCUAAUAAAAAGUCCAAAUCAUGCAUACGAGCCUUCUCUUGAUCCCAUGAAACUCAAACCUACAUUGCUCUCUGUGUUCUUAUUUCAGCUUCUAAAAUGAUGGCUUUCUUUAACUAGUGAUCGAAACUUGGCAGAAGAAGCAGAAAUGAGGAAAUAAAAAGGGUGCAUGAUGAAAGUGUCACACUUUGAUAAAACCAAACAAAACAAACAACAACAACAAAAAAACUAAACCUUUCUCUCGGAACCCAUAGAUCUGAACCAACUGAAAAGCCAUAGUUUUCGUAUACAUUUGUAAUUUGUAUAUUCCGAUUUGAACUUCAAUAAUCUAGCUUGUUCAUUAUUUCCUCUGAACCCUGAAUUUGUAGGCAAUUUGAUCUCUGAAUACUCUCUGUCAUUAAUUGUGUUUGAAAAUAUUUGUGAGAAUUUUUUUUCCCUCCAAGGUUAUUGCUGGGGUUCAGUGCCUGCACUACCAAUUUGCAGUUCCUGGUGGACAUUUUUUCCAUUUUAUUUUUCUGUUUGGAUAGGACAGAAAGAAAUUGAGAGGGGGAGAGAAGAUAAGGAGAGAGAAAGAUAGACACCGGCAGACCUGCUUCACCUUGUGAAGCAAUGCCCGCCCCAAACCCCGCCACAGGCGAGAAGCCAGGGUCUUAAACCAGGAUCCUUGCACAAGUCCUCAAUCUUAAUACUAUGUGCGCUUAAACUGGUGCACCACUGCCCUGCCCCCAGAAGAGAAGUUUUUAUAAAAUGUGAUGUUUAACAUGUAUAUAUGAGCAAACACACACACACACACACACACACACACACACACACACACACCCCUGGGUUCAAGCCUUCAGUCCCCACCUACAGGGGAGAAGCAUUACAAGCAGUGAAACAUUGCUACAGGUGUCUCUGUCUCCCCUUCCCUUUCAAAUUCUGUCUCUAUUCAAAAUCAAUCAAUCAAUAAAAAUAUAUUCAAAAUUA